CUGAAAACAAUUCAACAGAUUCGAUUUCAUUCAUCAGUUUCCACUAUUUUUCUACAAAACAUCGGAGCAUUUGGAUCGAGCCAUGGGGACUCUACCAGAGGCUGAAGCAUGAUUUUUUUCUUUGUUGAAAUCAUAAGAGGCGCGUUUCCACCAGCACAAACAAUAUAAACUAUCUGCCACCACAGGAAAUAUUUUUCUCAUCGCCUUUUGGGUUUUUCGGAUCGAAAAAAUAGACUAGUAAUUAGACUAAUUGGUUUUUUAAAUUUUUUUAUUUAAGUGACCAGGACGCAGCACAAAACUGGAAAUAUUACUUUGUUGAAGGGUGCAGAGAGAGAGAGAGAGAGAGAGAGAGAGAGAGGUGCUGAGGGGCACAGCCUGCAUCAUUAUGGAAGAAACUGCUCGACGAGACCCAGAGCGCCCCGAGGACUGCGAGGAGCAGUCCAACCGGGCCAUGCUGCCUCUCCUCCAGCCGCCCGGCAACCAGCAGUCCCACAGGAUCUCCAACUUUAAUAUCGACAACAUUUUAAGGCCGGACUUCGGACGAAAGAGGAAGAACGGGACUUUGGUUCGGGAGGGAGACUGUCUGGGAGUGAUCAUACGAAGAGAGGCGCAAGAGAGAAAGUCCUCCAAAGCUGGCAACCCGCAGCAGGGUGGAGCCGGAGGCGAGGAGGAGAACACGGGAGCAUCCGACGACCGGCAUCCGGACGCUGAGGCCAGGAGGCCUGACCUGAGAGCCGCUGAUGUGGCUGUGAAGGGCCGGGGGGGCGGUGGGGACCGCUUCCAAGCCAGCUCGGCCCCUGCGGCCAAGCCGAUGCUGUGGCCAGCCUGGGUUUAUUGUACCCGCUACUCAGACCGUCCAUCCUCAGGGCCCCGAUCCCGCAAACCAAAGAAGGCGCCGAUCCCGACUAAAGAGGACAAGAGGCCCCGGACGGCCUUCACCGAGGAGCAGCUCCGGCGGUUAAAGACUGAGUUCCAGGGCAGCCGGUACCUGACCGAGCAGCGCAGACAGAGCCUGGCCCAGGAGCUGUGCCUCAACGAGUCUCAGAUCAAAAUCUGGUUCCAGAACAAACGGGCCAAAAUUAAGAAAACCACCGCAAACAAGAACUCUCUGGCGCUGCACCUCAUGGCGCAGGGACUGUACGACCACUCCACGUCCAAGGACGCCAAGUCGGACAGCGACUAGAGGAGACACGGGCCAGGGCGUGGGCUCUG